AUGGCGGAGGGGACGCGGUCGCUGCGCGGCGGCAGCCCGGCCUCCAGCCCGCUGCUGGGCGGGCGGGGCCGCGCCGCGGCGGCGGGGGGCAGCUUCCCGCCGGGGGGCAGCUUCCCGCCGGGCCACGGCUUCCGCAGGGUGACCCUGACCAAGCCCACCUUCUGCCACUACUGCACCGACUUCAUCUGGGGGCUGGCCGGCUACCAGUGCGAGGUUUGUAACUUCAUGUCUCAUGAGAAGUGCCUCAAGAAUGUCAAGAUACCAUGCUCGUGUAUUGCUCCCAGCCUUGUAAGGGUUCCAGUUGCACACUGUUUUGGGCCUUCAGGACAUUACAAAAGGAAGUUUUGCACUGUGUGCAGAAAGUCACUAGAGUCACCUGCCUUUCGAUGUGAAGUUUGUGAGCUGCACGUGCACGCAGACUGCCUCCUGUUCGCGUGCAGCGACUGCCGGCAGUGUCACCAGGACGGGCACCAGGACCAGGAUACUUACCACCACCACUGGAGAGAGGGAAACCUCUCUUCAAGUGCUCGUUGUGAAAUUUGCAAAAAAACCUGUGGCUCUUCGGAGGUGCUCUCUGGCAUGAGAUGUGAAUGGUGUGGCAUUCUGGCUCAUGCUGCUUGCUACAUAAUUGUCACACCAGAAUGUACUUUUGGAAGAUUAAGGAAUAUGAUCCUUCCUCCAAGCUGUGUGCAGUUAUUUUCUCGGAACUUCAGCAAACUGCACUGUUUCCGAAUAUCCGAAAAUUUGCAAACAGAAACAGAUGAAGAUGAUGAUGUUGAUGGGUCAACACAAGGAUUAGCAAAAGAUGUCCAAAUUUCAACAGAUUCAAGUAAACAAACAUUAAAGAUAUUUGAUGGGAAUGAUGCAGUGAAACGCAAUCAAUUUCGACUGAUUUCAGUUCCAAGGAUUGCAAAAAAUGAAGAAGUUGUGGAGGCUGCUUUGAGGGCAUACUACAUAAAUGAUGACCAGCAGGAAUAUGAGCUUCAGACCUUUACACAGCAGGCACUGCUGUCUGACGAUGUUAUCAACAGGAACGACGCCGCAGAGAACAGCAACUUGGGCUCAGUAUUCCGAGAAUCUGUCCCUGAGGCUUGGAUCAUCAGGGCCAAACCAAAGGACGAGGAGGUGAUCAGAAUUUAUCCUGCAUGGCUGAAGGUGGGAAUGGCAUAUGUUUCUCUACGAGUAAAUAAGGAUAGCACUACGCAGACUGUGAUUAAGGAAGUGCUUCCAUUACUUGGAAGGCAGAUGGAGAACGUCCAGAGUUUCAGAUUGGUGGAAGUGCUUAUGGGCAGUAAGCAAGUUCAACGCAUGGUCUUGGACAAUCAGGAACUGAUUCUUAACAGACUCAAGGACAUAAGAAAGACUUCAAUACGUCAGAUGAAUCAAACAAGAUUUUACAUUGUGGAAAACAGUAAAUCCAUUGUACGAGUAAAUUUAUUUGUUGGUGGCCUUCCACCUCAGCUUUCCCCUGAAGAAUACACAAAUAUUCUCAAAGAUGAAUUAGCUAUCAAACCAAAUGUAGUAUCUGUGAGUCAUGUUUAUCAAGCACAAGGUGCUGUUGUACUCGAAAUUUCAUGCUUUUCUGAAGCUGAAAGAAUAUAUAUGCUUGUUAAAGAUACAACUGUCAAUGACAAGCCUCUGAAUGCUGUGGUGCUUCCUGAAGUUAUGGCCUCCAAAAUAACACAGAACUGCUGCCCACUUCUUGUAUUUGUGAAUCCAAAAAGUGGUGGUUUAAAAGGUCGGGAUCUGCUGUACAGUUUUAGAAAGCUGCUAAACCCACAUCAGGUCUUUGAACUUACCAAUGGUGGCCCACUGCCUGGGUUUCACACGUUCUCCAAAGUGCCCUCUUUCCGGGUGCUGGUGUGUGGAGGGGACGGCACGGUCGGCUGGGUCCUUGGCGCGCUGGAGGAGAUCAGGCACAAGCUGGUGUGCUCCGAGCCCUCGGUUGCCAUCUUACCUCUAGGAACAGGAAAUGACUUGGGGAGGGUCUUGCGCUGGGGAGCUGGCUACAGCGGGGAGGACCCCUACUCGAUUUUGGUUUCCGUGGAUGAAGCAGAUGAUGUUCUCAUGGAUCGCUGGACUAUCCUCUUGGAUGCAGAAGAGCCAGCUGAAGGUGCAGAGAAUGGAGUUGCAGAACCUGAGCCUCCAAAGAUUGUACAGAUGAACAAUUACUGUGGUCUUGGCAUUGACGCAGAAUUGAGCUUGGACUUUCAUCAUGCUAGAGAAGAAGAACCAGGGAAAUUUAAUAGCAGGUUUCAUAACAAAGGAGUUUAUGUGAAAGUUGGGCUGCAGAAGAUAAGUCAUACCAGAAAUCUUCAUAAAGACAUAAAGCUUCAAGUGGACCAGCAAGAGGUGGAGCUACCAAGUAUAGAAGGACUCAUUUUUAUCAAUAUACCCAGCUGGGGGUCCGGAGCCGAUCUCUGGGGCUCUGAGAGCGACAACCGCUUCGAGAAACCGCGCAUCGAUGAUGGCCUGCUGGAAGUUGUUGGUGUGACCGGCGUCGUGCACAUGGGUCAAGUCCAAGGUGGUUUUCGAUCAGGAAUCCGCAUAGCUCAAGGCUCAUAUUUUCGUGUAACACUCCUAAAGCCAAUUCCAGUUCAAGUUGAUGGAGAGCCCUGGAUUCAGCCCCCUGGCCAGAUUAUUAUUUCUGCUGCAGGACCAAAGGUCCAUAUGUUGAAAAAGUCCAAGCAGAAACAGAAAAAAACUGGAAGCCUGAGAGAGAUGAGAGUGGAUAGCAUGUCGGUUGCUGAAGGAGGACGCUAAGUGGAGACCUGUGCUCAGAAGUGACAUGGCACAGCUGCUGUAGAUACCGAGAUGGUUCAGUAAAACCAAGUGCAGACAGCUGGUGAAGAGGGUGUCUUAUGAGCGUGCCUUUCAUUACAUUCUGAUAGUACUGGGUUCUGCUUUGUCUUUCAAAGAUAGUGCUCAUUGUUACAAAUAACUUACGUACCACUUGUCUCAUCUGAAAUGUUUACUUUGGGUUGCUUUUCCAUAAGCCAUUUCCCAGUUUUUCAUGUAUGUAGGAACUGAGGCCAAACAGAGAUUCCAAGAUGCUGAGAUUUCUACAUCUACCUUCACAAGGAUUCUUCUCUUCCUCUCAGCUUUUUCUUCAAAAAAUCAUUCCGUAUAUAAAGCUUGGUGCAUUUUUCCAUAAAUGAAAAUGUGUUCCUUUAAAUGAAUGCUCACACUAGCCUCCCAACCUAAAAAAGGCAAAGACAAGUGGCUGAGAACUCCUUGGAUCAGUCCAAAUAUCACAGCUCUAGCAGUACUACCGUAAAGAGAAAAACAGAAAACACAGCAAGAUGAUUUCUAUAAAAGGAGCCCUAUGCACUGGGAAGAGAGAAAGUACUACAACAGUUGAGUCAGAAUAUUUCAGAGAGUUUAUUCAACAGUAUUUGGACAGCAGGAAUGAAGGGGAAAUGGCUUGUAGAGCGAGCUUUCAGCUGCAGCUUAGUUUCUUCUGUAUUAUUCAGCCAAAUCUGUUUUAAAAGGCAUUUGAAAUUCAGUAGCUACCACUCUAAUGUAAAAAAGGAACAAGAAUAUCUGAGCCAGUAUUACAGUAUACUGAUGUUUUCUAUCAUUGAAGCCCUUAUCUUUCACACCAGACUUCUGGUCUUUACUUAUGCCAUUUCAUUUUCAUUAACUUGUCACAGUUGGAUUGUUAUUUAACAGGAAGCUCAAAGACUAAAGGAAUCAUCACUAAUUAAGGUAAAAGUACUAUUUAGUGUUCACUUAAUUAAAAUAGCACGGUCAUAUCUCAGAGCUGAACUGAAGUACAGUGUAGCUUUGCUGAGGAGCAUGCAGUGUGCAUGUAACAUGCUGUAGGCUUCAGAUAACUGGGAAUGCAGUAGCCAUCAUGAAAUCUUGCUUACCUGGUCAGCCUUCUCAAGUCCUUGGUGCAUGUUGUUACCAGGUGUGGGCCCAGGGAUACAGUGGCUGUCUCUUUUCACUUUGAUGAGUGUGUGCUCUACAGAGGCUGUUCCUCCUCCAUCAGCUCCUCUGAGACCGAGAUCACCUCUCUGUGCUUACCUAUCUGCUGAAAGUGUGGGGAUCCAGUACUUCUUACACAUCUUCCUGCUAGAGACUGGUGCUAGAGCAAACAUGCUGGUCCUGUCAUAAACUACAUGUAUCUGCUGUCUGUGGUCAUUGCUGUGUUGGUCUUCACUCACACGUCUGCUGGUUUCACCUCACUGUGGUUCUCCAGUGACUGAGCCUUUCAUUCCAGAUUGACAUCAUACACAAGGGGCCCUCUGAACCAGCUGUAGAGCAGGUGGCCUGGAUGGUUUUGUCAUUUCCAUGCAUCUGCUGCCUGAUGCUGCUUAAACUGUGUUGAACGGAGCCCACUUAACUAGCCAGUAGGCUUACUUGUCCCCUGUUGCACAGUAAUAACAAACACAGCAUGGAUGGCAGGUAUUCAUCACUCAAGUGGCAGCUUUGGGAGCAUUCCUCUUGCUGGUCUGUCUAGAAAAACAUCUCCAGCUGCUUUAGGGGACUGUAAUUUUGAAAUAUGCAAAAGCUGGUUUUUUUGUAAUUAUGUGCUGAGGCAGUUCUUGUUGAUCAGUCUGUACUCUAAGCACUGUGCUAGCUUCAUCAACAUCUGAUCAUUACCUGUUCUUCCUACUUUCCAGUCACAUACAGACAAGGGUGUCAAUGUGGGUGCUGCAAGACAAAGUCAUCUGUGGCAACAGAGGGAUGUAACUAAAGCUAUAGAGACAAAACAGUCAUGCAGAAAUGUCAGCUGCCUGCAGCUUCUCCUUCCUGUCUGGUGAUUCUUUUUCUUCUUAGUGUUCUGGUAGAGCUGCAUUUGAAGGACUGAUUCCUGUUUUCAGUGAAGCCUCUUACUAAUAUUUUAAAUUGUCAGUUUAUUUUUAGGGAUGUUCUUCAGGUACCACCAUAUGGACUACAACUUACCUUUCUAUUCAGUAUGCAAACUAGACUCAUGCUAUGAAGUAGGUAGUGGGGAUAGUACAGAGCUGAAAUCCUCACAGGGUUGUGUAUGCUUCAGAACCUGGGCAUGAGGAAUCAGCUGGAGCUCUUUUAGCAUCUUUCCAGUUGCUGACACAGAAAUGGAGAGGAAAACUUGACUUCUUGUUACAGAACAUAUGCCUACACUUCAAGGCUGCUGGUACUGACCAAUUUCUGCAGCCCAAGCAAAUAAACCUGCCUUACAGUUUUUCCAGACAUGUAUCAUCCUGCAGCACACAACUGACAGUGUUUUGUGUUCUUGGCUCAGAAGAGGCCUGGCUGUCUCUCCCUGUUGCUCCACAUCUGUUAUCUGAAAUAACACACAGCUCUCGGGCCACGGUAUUUUAAUCAGAGGGCCCCUUACUGUGGCAUAUUCUUCCCCGGGGAUUUUCCAUCCCAGGAAUACUGUACAAGCCUGUCUUGGGCUAGCGCUGUGGUAGUGAGGUGACACAGAAGUAUGCAUGUGUUCUCCUUGCAACUGUCAGAGGGGAUCCUGGUGGAGGACAGGAAGGCUUUGAGUUUCCUUUUUUUCCCUUUUCUAUUUUUCAAAAAACUGUUUCCCACAUACUGUUUGAGCAGCUGGAAUGAAAAUGUAUCUUAAGAAAAACACAUUUGGCAUUUAAGGUCUCUGUGCGUCAUAAAAUUAUUCUUACUGUGUUUUAAAGACAAAACAGAUUCCUGGGCAGUUGUAACAGGAAAGCUUCUGUAAAGUUUUCAAAAGGAGAAACUUACUAUUUAACCCCUCUAUUCAGAUGUUCCACUUUCAGCUCCUAUAAAGGCCAAAGGCCAGUAUAUUGAUUUUUUUAUUUAUAUUUAUUUUACAUUUUCAUCACAUGUAUUAUCUGAGAAGGCCUAGUAUUUUCUUCCAUAGUAUGUAAGACUUCCCUGAAGAAAGGAGAUAAGUCUUUGAAGUUAAUAUGAUCCGUUUUGACUUAGCCUUUACAUUGAACAAAAAAAUGCAGUAUGAUUUACAUGAUGGUGGGUAGAUAAAUGAUUCUUGACAGAGUCUUGGAGUAACACUGUGAGAACCUCACACAGCCAAGUGCUUUAAAUAAUGCAAUAACAGAAGUGCUGUGGAAGAGGCUUGGUUCUGUCAAGACAGGUGUUAUCUCAAUGUCAGACACAGGACCAGGAACCAUAAUCUGUAGACAGGAAAGAGAUACAGGCUGAUUGCUGUCCUGAGCACACUCCAUCCUCUCUCCACUGCCCUUUUUGCCUUGCCUAUAAAGCAUAGCAGGCACAGAUAGCACAGCUAGCAUCAGUCCUGCUGAGAUACGCAGUCCUCACGUUUUACUAACAUACUACGAGGCUUUUCCAGCAUGGGGGAGAGAAGGGUCCUGAGAUUCGUGGGGCAUUUCAAAUACCCCACUAUUGCAGAUGAGAGAAGGUGGUCAGCUGGUUAAAAUCUGGUUUGAUGUGUAAACACAUUACCUCUGUCUUGUACUAGGACAACAGAAAUUCAAAAGUUCAUCCUGAGAUACAGGUGCUAGGUCAGGACAUUUGCUGCUUUUUUCCCUCAGCUUUUACACUUCAGCUGUAUGGUUCAAAUUGCUGAUGUUUUCCUUGCAUUAAUUUUCAAAUGAAACAGUUAUGUUGCCAAAAUUACUUGUCUAUGUGUGUGUAUAAACGUGUAUGUGUGUGUACACCUGUGUACACAUGCUUUAAAAACAGGCCUUACUGUAUUUCCUUUCCCAGUGCCUACUUGUAAAGCUUUUACUGUCUUACAGCAUUCUGGUAGCACUCACUUCUCUCACCACUUCUGGACAGGAGGCAGAGUUUGCUUUCUUACUGGCCCUGCUGAGGUUCCCAGCACAUACUUCUAAUCGAUAUGUGCUUUCCAACAAGACAUGAUGGCAAUACAAUGAAAGCACAACUGUGUUUAGAGUACAGUCUCUGCAUGUGUACAGUUUUAACUCCUCUCGCUCUUUAUAGAUUUUAUUCAAGUCCAUGUGUCUAAAAUUCAUGGCAGUGGCUAUUACAGCAUUUUAAAAACUAGAAGAAGCUGUAACAUAGUUCAUUGCAGGACUUAAAUAAGUGACAAAAGUAAAUGAACCAUUAUACCCAAUUGUUCAUUAAUCUUCACUCUUACAAGUAUUGUACAGAUUGCAUUUCUUUAAAGAGCAAAUAAUGUACGGGUUUUGAAUAGCAGCUGUUUGGAAUUGUUAAGCAUUUAUGCAUGCACUUUACUCUGCAGCAGACAUUGGCUUAUAAAUGUGUCAUUACCAAAUGAAACCUCAUUUUGUGGGAGAAGGUUAAGAGGAGCUAUUGUGACACUUUAAAAGUUUAUGUUGGAAGACAAAAUUGACUUAGCUGUGAAGGUAUUUUAUAGUGUGCUGUGUGAGCAGUCAGCAUUGUGUAGCCUCCAGUCCAUACCCCAGCACUGAAACUGGGGGUGUGUUCAAGUUGUGUGCUUGAGAGAGUUGGCAGUCAGAUACAUCCUUUCAGUCUGUGCCUCAUACCUCUUCCUUACAACCUUCAGAGUAACUGCAUUUUCCACUUCAGGUAGGCUGCCUUCCUGCCUUUUGGGCCCAACCUUUAUACUGAAACCAGUGACAAAGGCAUGAGUAUGCAGUGGUGAAUGUGUGUGCAGAGUGGGAGAGUGGAAAUCCUGCUUUAAAAUAUGGCUCUGGCUACUGGGCUUGGGCUGUUCAUUCCUACUUCAGCUUCUUCAGCCAUUACUCAGCUGUGCAGCAAAGACUCAGCAACUACUGAACUACCUUGGAUUCAUGGUGACAGCAUUGCCUCAUGUUCAGGCUUUGAUCUCAUAUGUGCCAGGGCACAAAUCAUGUCAUACACUUUUUGCACUUAACAGAAAAUGCAGGUUAGAUAGGUUUGGGGUGUGGCAAAAUUGCAAUGUUUGUACUUUGUUGAAAACAUGGGGAUGAUUCUACAGAUACAAAGAUGCACUUUUCAGGUAAUUACGAAAACAAGUUUGUAGAUUGCAACUGUUUUUCGAGUUUCUCUGACUGCAGUGUUCCAUAUCCCCACCCAUCUCCAAUACUGUGUUCUCUGUGAAAUUGUGCUUUGGAAUGAGAGAUGGUAUUUCCCCCCAUCACAGUAUGUGUUUAUAGCUGACUGACUGAAAUUUCAUAUAUAUUUUUAAACAAUUACAAAUUGGCUGCUAUGGCUAAGACUUAGGUUUAUUAGAUUGAUUUUACGUUGUAUAAAAGUAAUGUUAAAGUUUUAUUUAUAAUGUCAACAUUUACUGAUUUUACACUUGGCUUGUAGGAGAGAUCCAGCUCAGAGCCUUAAUUCUUCCUGCUAUUUAAUGUUUUGGUUUGGUUUUUUGUUGUUGUUUUGUUUGGUUUAUUAUUUUUUGUUUUUUGUUUUUUUUUUUAACAGUGUAGCCAUUGUAUGUGUGGAAUGCAGUGAAAUUAAUGCAAAUGACUGAUCUGUAUCUGCAGUUAGACCGGCAGUUUCAAUGUUUACAGGACAGUGACUAUUGAUUGUAAACCCAUACGUGUCAGUUGAAACAGUGCACUCUUUCCAUGUUUUGGAAGCACUAUUUCUGCUUCCCAUGACAAUUAAUGAAAUAGUUGCCUUCUGGUUUAGAUUUCUGGUUAGAGAGAUUUAAAUGGGGAUUAUAACUUUUCUGCCAUGAACUAAUCAGGACAGAAUUUUUACUGAUACAGGCAUUGUAUUGAACAUGUUUUUUGAAAGAUUUACUUUAUUUUUUUGUGAAGAUAAUUUAUGAGAAUGCUUUAUAAGCAGAUCAGUGUUGUUGAAAAUGUUGGUCUGAAGUCUUGAAAUAAAUGUGUAGAUAUUAGAGACGUAUCCCAAAGUAUUUUUUAAUAGGGCACUGUUACUGGUGUAGUUAUCCCUCAGAGGUCUCCUAGCAACACACCCAUUUAACACAUCACUGCACAGCUUAAGUAUGUUAUUUAGGAGAUUAUUUGAUUUCAGAAUAUGUGGCUUCAUUUAUAUUGUGCAUAUCCUGUUUUACACCUCUGGUAGCAACUCCUGAGAUACAUACACAUCAGCUGUAGAAGGCAGAACUUUCCCCCUAUACAAAUCACUGCAGGUUCAAGAGCAGAGAGCCUGCCUGAGUGCUUGACAGCAAGAGUGUUACAAGUCUGGCAGCUCUUUGGCUGGUGCAGUCCUCCAUCACUGUCCACAGGGUGUGCCACACAUUAUUACUUCUUUUGCUUUCUGGAGGAAGGCACAAACCGACGUGGUGUCAACCAGUUAACAGCUUGCCUCGCCGUGGCAUCCUUUUCUUUGUGCUGCUGAUCUUGCCAAACUGGGUAGCAAGAGGUGCUUGAAGAAUAACUGAGUAUUUAUUGUGUAAUUUUAGGUGCUUAUAAAGCCUCUACUGCUAUUUUAAAGCAAAAUUCUGGGGAUCUGCAGAAUAGCAAUAGCUGUUUAACUCCAGCUUUCUGAACAUGCCAAAAGCAAGUUAUCCUUGGGAUAGUUUAAUUAGUAAUGGUAUAGAUAGUAGCAACUGACACCUUGAAGCUUCAAGUUCUAAUUAUCGGGAGUAUCUGCUUCAAUGCAAAGCACUGCAGAGUUUAUAAUUCACUAUGGAUUUCAGUGCCCCUCCUACUUACAAGCCACCCAUGACGUCUUAACUCUUCUCAAACUAUGGCUUAACUAUUGCUUGAAUAACAGUGUUUUUCACCUCUAGUUAUUUAAAUCAUCCACUUCAAACAGUUUUAUGCUACUUUAAUAUCAAGAUACUCUAAGAUGUCUUAUAGCAUUUCUUGCGAAAGUUCUAAUACAUUGGUAAUAAAUCAUCUUGGUCCAACAAGCUAAGCUAAGCUCACCACUGAACAGUCUAGUUAUUGUCUAGUGCUUAUUUUUUGUGCAUCUACCCAGUAAUUAAAAAAAAAAAGGCAAAAAAAGCGCCUAAGUAUACACAUUGAAGUGGUUGAAAACUGUUUCCACAUUGUGUGUCUCAAACCAGUAAUGCAUUAUCACACGUUUACUUCUGGAUUGGUCUCAGAAAUAGGCUUUUAAUGAUGUAACUUGUUGCUCAGUGUCUGCCUUGCAAAUCACUAUGCUGUGGUAACUUGUCUAUAAAUAACAUACCUAGUGUACUAAUUGGUUUUUAAAAAGUAAUUUAUAAAAUAUGGACUUUUCUCUUUUAUUUAAACACCUGUUUGUCCUUGAGUUGUGUUCGUAGAACAAUUCUGUAUAUAUUUUGCAACAUGUGUUUUGUGUUCAGUUUGAUUGUACAUUUUGCACUGAUUUGAAAUUCUGUAUUCUAAGUAUUAUUUACAAGAUCCAGAGAUCUGUAACUAGAAUUUAUCUGUGAAAAAUACAACAUCUCUUCUA